CUCUCACACUGCCAGCGGAUGAUACAUGAGGAGGAGGAGGAAGAGGAGAAGCUGUCUCUUCUCUCUUGUCUUUCCAUCACUUUGACAAAAGAGAGAGAGAAAGAACACUCCAGACAAGAGCAACAACCAAAAGAAAGGACACACAGGAUAUACAUACAUACCUAAAAGAAACCCUACUCUUCUUCAUUCUCCUUUUCAAGGAGGGCAUUUUUCUUCCCUUUCCCCCCCUUUCCUUUUCUACCCCGAUUUUUUCCUCUUGAGAUCCCAGUUUUGCUAAUUACAGCCCCCGAACUCUGGGAUUUCAGGUGAGGCACGCGUGCGUAGUGUAUGGUGCUGCUUGGUUUAUUCAUUACCCAUCAUGGCUCACGCGGCCUCCCAACUGAAGAAGAAUCGGGGGGAAGUGGAUGUGAAUGCAAUAGAAGAUGAGAAGGAGAAGCGGAGGAAGAGCAGGAGAACAACAUCUCGGGAACCAAAGAGAAAGUCUGACAGUAAUGCCAGUUACCUUCGAGCAGCCCGGGCAGGGAACCUUGAAAAGGUCCUUGACUACCUCAAGUCUGGGGUUGAGAUAAACAUUUGCAACCAGAAUGGUCUGAACGCUCUUCAUCUAGCCUCCAAAGAGGGUCAUGUAGAGGUUGUUGCUGAGCUGUUGAAGCUCGGAGCCACUGUUGAUGCAGCCACAAAGAAAGGAAACACUGCUCUGCACAUAGCCUCGCUGGCUGGCCAAACGGAAGUUGUCAAAGAGCUGGUCACUAAUGGAGCCAACGUCAAUGCACAGUCUCAGAAUGGCUUCACUCCUCUAUACAUGGCCGCCCAGGAGAAUCAUCUGGAGGUGGUACGGUUCCUCCUUGAGAACAGCGCCAGCCAGAGUAUGGCCACUGAGGAUGGCUUCACCCCUUUGGCAGUGGCCCUCCAGCAGGGCCAUGACCAGGUGGUCUCCCUGCUACUGGAAAACGACACAAAGGGCAAGGUUCGCCUGCCUGCUCUGCACAUUGCUGCCCGCAAGGAUGAUACCAAGGCCGCAGCCCUGCUCCUGCAGAAUGACCACAACGCAGAUGUCGAAUCCAAGAGUGGUUUCACCCCCCUCCACAUCGCAGCUCACUAUGGCAACAUUAACGUGGCCACACUUCUGCUGAUUCUGCCCUCUGCUGUCUUCUUUUUUAUUCAGAAUGACAUUACACCACUUCAUGUGGCAGCAAAAAGGGGCAACAGCAACAUGGUCAAACUGCUGCUGGACAGAGGGGCCAAAAUUGAUGCAAAGACCAAGGAUGGUCUGACACCUCUUCACUGUGGGGCGAGGAGUGGGCACGAGCAGGUGGUAGAAAUCCUACUAGACAGAGGAGCUCCGAUCCUGUCCAAGACUAAGAAUGGCCUAUCACCACUCCACAUGGCCACUCAGGGGGACCACCUGAACUGUGUCCAGCUCCUGCUCCAGCACGAUGUGCCAGUGGACGACGUUACCAACGACUACCUAACAGCGCUGCACGUUGCUGCCCACUGUGGUCACUACAAGGUAGCGAAGCUCAUUGUGGACAAGAAGGCCAACCCAAAUGCCAAGGCACUGAAUGGUUUCACUCCGCUUCACAUCGCCUGCAAGAAGAACAGAGUCAAAGUGAUGGAGCUGUUGCUUAAACAUGGAGCUUCUAUCCAGGCUGUCACUGAGUCUGGUCUGACGCCCAUCCAUGUGGCAGCCUUCAUGGGUCAUGAAAAUAUUGUCCAUGCACUUACACGCCACGGAGCAUCACCCAACACCACCAACGUACGAGGCGAGACUGCUCUCCACAUGGCAGCCAGGGCAGGCCAGGCGGAUGUAGUCCGAUACCUGCUCAAGAACGGAGCCAAGGUGGAGACCAAGUCCAAGGAUGACCAGACAGCAUUACACAUCGCCAGUCGGCUGGGGAAAGUCGACAUCGUCCAGCAGCUGCUGCAGUGCGGCGCCUCUGCCAACGCUGCCACAACCUCAGGCUACACCCCACUUCACCUUGCUGCCCGUGAAGGACACCAAGAUGUUGCUGCCAUGCUGCUGGAGAACGGAGCCUUGCUCUCUUCCUCAACCAAGAAAGGGUUCAGUCCUCUCCAUGUGGCAGCAAAGUAUGGCAAGAUGGAGGUGGCCAGUCUUCUUCUACAGAAGAGGGCUGCGCCUGAUGCUGCUGGAAAGAGUGGGCUAACUCCACUGCAUGUAGCUGCUCACUACGAUAAUCAGAGAGUGGCACUGCUGCUGCUGGAUCAGGGCGCUUCCCCACAUGCAGCCGCCAAGAAUGGCUACACGCCACUUCACAUUGCUGCCAAAAAGAACCAAAUGGACAUUGGGACCACGCUGCUGGAGUACGGCGCAGACACCAACGCAGUGACGCGGCAAGGCAUCAGCCCCAUUCACCUGGCAGCGCAGGAGGGCAGUGUGGAUCUGGUGUCACUGCUGCUGGCCAAGAACGCUAACGUCAACAUGUGCAACAAGAGCGGACUUACACCACUCCACUUAGCAGCUCAGGAGGACAAGGUCAAUGUUGCAGAAGUCCUUCUCAACCAUGAGGCUGAUGUCAACACACAAACCAGGAUGGGUUACACACCGCUGCAUGUGGCUUGCCAUUAUGGCAAUGCAAAGAUGACAACCUUCCUGCUGCAGAACCAUGCCAGAGUCAAUGGUAAAACUAAGGACGGAUACACUGCUCUACACCAAGCAGCUCAGCAGGGCCACACCCACAUCAUCAACCUGCUGCUUCAGCACGGGGCCUCUGCCAACGAGCUCACCGUGAAUGGGAACACUGCCCUAUCCAUCGCCCAUCGUCUUGGAUACAUCUCUGUGGUGGACACACUGAGGCCGAUAACGGAUGAAAACCUGACCGCUACGACUGCAUCCGAAAAACACAAGAUCAACGUCCCAGAGACCAUGAAUGAGUUCCUCGACAUGUCCGACGACGAAGUCCAGGCCAAUGUUCCAGAAAUUCUCCAAGAGGAGUCUUUUUCAGAUGUUGAUGAAGGAGAUGAUGCGAUGACCGGGGAUACAGACAAAUACCUGCGGCCUCAGGAUCUAAAAGAGCUGGGAGAUGACUCUCUGCCUCAGGAGGGGUACAUGGGAUUCAGCAUAGGAGCCCGUUCAGCCAGCCUCCGCUCCUUCAGUUCGGAUAGGUCCCACACACUCAACCGGAGCUCGUUCGCACGAGACAGUAUGAUGAUUGAAGAGGUCCUGGCCCCCACAAAGGAUACGCACCUGGCUGUGACCAAAGACUACAGCUCGGAGUGUAUGCGGCGCUACAGCUGGACUCCAGACACCAUGGACCACAGCCACAACACUGUGUCCAGCCCCAUUCACUCUGGGUUCUUGGUUAGUUUCAUGGUGGAUGCUCGAGGUGGUUCCAUGAGCCACAAUGGGAUGCGCAUCAUCAUUCCUCCCAGGAAGUGCACGGCGCCCACACGCAUCACUUGUCGUCUGGCCAAAAAGCACAAGCUGGCCUAUCCCCCACCCAUGGUGGAAGGAGAGGGCCUCGUCAGCCGGCUGGUGGAGGUCGGACCGGCCGGGGCUCAGUUCCUCGGCCCUGUGAUUGUGGAGAUCCCUCAUUUUGGUUCCAUGCGGGGAAAAGAGAGGGAACUGAUUGUGUUGAGGAGUGACAAUGGUGACACAUGGAAGGAGCACCAGUCUGAUGCCAGACCAGAAGACCUGGCUGACCUGCUUACUGAGAUGGAUGAAGAGCUGGAUAGCCCUGCUGAGUUAGAGAAGAAGCGCAUCUGCCGCAUUGUCACCAGAGAUUUUCCUCAGUAUUUUGCUGUGGUGUCACGGAUUAAGCAGGAGUCUAACCACAUGGGUCCUGACGGAGGUGUGCUGUCCAGCAGCACUGUACCCAUGGUCCAGGCCUCUUUCCCACAGGGGGCACUCACCAAGAGGAUUCGUGUUGGCCUACAGGCCCAGCCUGUGCCAGAUGACAUGGUGAGGGCUGUUCUUGGGAACAGAGCCACCUUUAGCCCCAUUGUUACUGUAGAGCCCAGGAGGAGGAAGUUCCACAAGCCAAUCACUAUGACGAUCCCAGUACCACCUAGAUCGGCAGAAGGCCAUCCCAGCGGCCACCGAGGCGACUCUACACCCUGCCUGCGUCUGCUAUGCAGCAUCACAGGAGGGACAUCCCCUGCUCAGUGGGAGGACAUCACAGGAACUACACCACUGUCCUUUGUUACUGAUUGCGUCUCCUUCACCACAAAUGUGUCGGCCAGGUUCUGGCUCGCAGACUGUCACCAGAUUCCUGAGACGGUGAGUCUAGCGUCUCAGUUAUACCGGGAGCUGAUCUGCGUGCCAUACUUGGCCAAGUUUGUGGUAUUUGCCAAGAUGAAUGAUGCUGUCGAAGCUCGACUGCGUUGCUUUUGCAUGACAGAUGAUAAGGUGGACAAGACCCUCGAGCAGCAGGAGAACUUUGAGGAAGUGGCCCGGAGCAAGGAUAUAGAGGUUCUCGAGGGCAAACCUAUCUAUGUGGAUUGCUAUGGCAACCUGUCCCCUCUCACAAAGAGUGGCCAGCAAUUGGUUUUUAACUUCUACUCCUUCAAGGAAAACAGACUUCCUUUCAACAUGAAGAUUAGAGAUAUGGGCCAGGAGCCAUGUGGUCGCCUCUCCUUCCUGAGAGAGCCAAAAACCACUAAAGGACUUUCACAAACUGCCAUAUGCAAUUUGAAUAUCACACUGCCAACCCACAAGAAGAAUGAAAAGCCAGAACGACGUCAUACCUUUGCCUCCUUAGCUUUGCGUAAGCGCUACAGCUAUUUGACCGACCCAGCAGCGAGUCCCCAAAGUCCUUGCGAGCGAACAGACUUGCGCAUGGCUAUUGUUGCAGAUCACCUGGGACUCAGUUGGACAGAGUUAGCACGUGAGAUGAACUUCACAGUGGAUGAGAUCAACCAUAUCAGACUAGAGAACCCUAACUCUCUGACAGCACAGAGCUUCAUGCUACUUAAGAAAUGGGUCAGUCGGGAAGGGAAGAACGCCACAACGGAUGCCUUAACUGCAGUGCUGACCAAAGUCAAUCGGAUGGAUAUUGUGACUUUACUGGAGGGCCCAAUAUUUGACUAUGGUAACAUUUCAGGCACGAGAUGUUUUGCCGAUGAUAACGCUGUUUUCCAGGAUCAGGCUGAUGAUUAUCAGAGUAUUCUAGCGGAGCUGCAGUCCCCCGCAACACUGCACUCUGACCCCCACUUCUUGGAGCCUGAACUCCCUGUCACCCCGAACCCUUCCCUUGCCCACCAACAACACCACCAUUACCCAGAACCAGACACCCCUUUUCUGGUCAACACACAGCCUCAACCCCUGCCCUGGAGCCCAGAGUUAGAGCCUGGCAGUGGAGAGCCAGAUAACCCCCCUAGCAGCCCCCCCAGACCCUGUGAGCUCACACUCCCAGCCUUCGAACUCCCUGGUUCUGUUCCUUCCAAGGUGAGAAAGCCCCACAUCGCUCUGAAUGACCAGCUGCUUUUGAGUGAGGAGGAGGACAGCUCUUGUUAUGAAAUGAAGAUGAGCCACAAGCCCAAGUCACACUCCUUUCCCACACUGUGCGAAUUAGAGACUGACAUGGCUUACUCCACAUCUUCCCCUUCAUUAUCAUCAGUAUCAUCAAUAACCCCUUCAUCGCCUGACAGAGCACAAAUGGGAGAUGAGGUUGCACUGACUGGCAAUGGAGUACAGGAGGAUGUAGGUUUGAAAGGAGGUAAAAAGGAAGUAACAGAAGAAACAAAGAAGGCUGUUAAGAUGGUUGCAACUGAGGUAGCAGAGCCAAAUGGAAUAGUGGAAAAGUUGGUAAAGCAGGACUUGAUUAAAAAUGUGGAAAGAAAAUGUGAGGUGAUAACAAAAGAUAGGUCUAAGUUGGCAGAGGAAAAUAACAUUUUGGUGGAAGAGAAGGAGGGGUCUGCAGAGGAAAAGACAGGUGUGAUAAAUGAGCAGCAUGUUUAUAUUCAGGAUAGGAAUAAUGGGGCAGCUUGUGAAGUGCAGGAUGUAGGAGAUGUACAGACAGAAGAAGAGCAGUAUAGUUUUAUAGAAACUGGACAAGAAAUGGAAAAAGUUUGUAACAUAAUAGAAGCAGUGACUGUCAAUGAGGGUAAUGAUAAAACACCAGAGAUACAAAAAGUUGAUGUUGGCAGUAAGGAAUGGGUCUAUGACACUUUCAGAAUGGAUGGCACAGGUGGAGCACUGCAGUUUAAGGAUGAAGGAGCAUUGUCUGGCAGUGAAAUAGAUAUCUGUGGGACAUCAGAAGGGGACCAGCCAGCUAAGAACCAAUGUGUAGCUCGUCUCUCCCCUCAAGCCUGGGUUGAAGCACUUGGGGAACUGCAGCCUAGUGUGUCUCAAUCCAAUCAGGAAGAGGAGGAGGAAGACAGAGACAAAGAAAUCGCGGAAGAGGCAUUAGGAUCUCUUUUGGAGGAGGUGAAGAACAAAGAAGGCUCAAAGGAAAAGGAGGAGGAUGAAGAGAUGAUGAAGGUCAGGGUUCAGGAGAUUCUUGAUCAGGUUGAACAGGCCGAAAAAGACGUGUGUUCACUUUCAGGUUGGCACUUAGAUCCAUCCAGCAUCAAUGUGGAGCCGCCACCGCCAGGUCGCAGUGUCAGCUCAGACCUGCUCAACCGUCAGGAAAGCCAGGAGAACUCUAGUGACUCAGUCACUUCCUCAUCGAGGGGCGAAUCAGGGAGGUCCCGACACAACGGUGACAACUUAAAACAAUCACCUCAGGACGGCUCAUCUGAGCCAUCAAAUGGCAGAAAGGAAGAGGGAGCACUGGUGUCAGAGAAAAAAGUCCAGUGUGUUAGUGUAGAUUCCGGUUCAGAGGAAGAACAGACUGUAACCACCAGAAUCUUCAGACGCCGUCUCAUUUUAAAGGGAGAAGAAGCAAAAAAUAUACCAGGCGAGUCUGUGACAGAGGAACACUAUCUGGACAAAGAUGGUAACCUCAUCAGUAGAAAAGUAAUCAGGAAGGUUAUUCGAAGAGUUACUACUCCUACAACAGAAAACCAAGGAGGUAACGGGUGGAACCAAGACCUUCAGCACAGUCCCAUUCUUCAAGAGAAUGGGUCAGAGCAAGGAGGCCGGUCAAGGAAUAGCAGGCGAAAGGAUGAGAGGAGAUCAGGGGAUAAAAAGCACCACUAAUAGGGAUGGCUGUACUUUACCAGAUGCAAGGAAACUGUGUUAGAUGUUUCCUGGGAAUACGUUUUCACAGGGCUGAAGCGUUCCAGUGAGAUGACAUAGGGUCCAGUCUGCAACAAUCUGCUUGAAUCUAAUGGUUUUCAUUCACAUGAGAGAAGUCGAUACCUCUGACUUAAGCAUGAGCAUGAAACUCACUCCCUGUCAGUCAAAAGAGCCAGGAGAGGUUCUCACUGUGGUGGAUCCAUGAACAAUGAUUGUGCUUCCUGUUUUGUACGAGACAAUAUGUGCCAUCGAUCCACUGGCGGCGUGAGAGCUUUUUGGGGAGCAUCGUUUGUUGUGAAAACGAAAAAGACUUCAUUACUGGCAGCCACACAGGUGCAACUGUGACCAAAGAUGGCACAAGAGCUCAAUCCACUUGGUAGGUGGAAAUGAAAUAGUCACAGUAACACAAUAAAAUCUAAUGGAACACUUCUGAUCCAACUUUAACACUCGCCUUAUAAUUUUUUCUUGAACCCAUUGUUGUAAGGAUGUAAAUUGUUUGGGAUUUUUUUCUUGCUUUUUAAAAUUUAAACUAACAAAAGCUUUUCUGUAUAUAAAAUUACAAUGUAAAAAAAUCUUUUAAAAAAAGGAGGGGGUGGGGUAAUUUACUAGUGGAGACUGCACUGAGGAGUGUAACCUUUUCAAGUGCUUUGAAAAUUUAUGGAAACUUCCACUUUUAAAGAUUUCAGUGUAACAUCACAGGUUCUUGUAUAUCUAAUUAUUAGAGCAGGUAUAAUAUUUGUAUAUGAGAAAAGCUGGUUUGAUUUUAACAGAAGAAAUUUCAAGAAAAUCAAAAUUCAGUAGUUCCCAAAGUGGGAAUGAAUCUAAUCCUGCAAAAGCAGCCUUUCAGAGUACUCAUAUUUUCAUGCAUGCUGUUCACUUUAUUUUAAGUACAAUUUUUACAAGUUUGAAAACACUGUAUUCAAAUGACAAAACCCUUUAUCUGUGUACACAUAUAGCCCUAACAUUUGUCACUGAUUUUAUAUUUUAAAUUGAAAAAGGAUACCAUUAAACCAUUUAUCAUGCUGGGGUGAGGAUGGAAAAAAGUUCUAUAGCUUCUUGAGGGUGUGAUGUCUUGUCUGUUUAUGUAAAACGGGAGAGCAGCUGUUG